GGGGCGGGGCGCGCUCUCCCCCUGCCCGCGGGAGUGCGGGGGAGGUGGGCAGGGCCGGGGCGGGGGCGAGGCCGGAGGAGGGCCGUCGGCGCCUCGGUGAGGAUGGGAGUCCCCAGGACCCGGAGCUGAGCGACGUAGCGCACGGCGGGAGGGCGAGCCCGAGGAAGGCGAGCCUCGCUGUUCCUCCAGGAGCCCAACACCGUUCCCGCGCCGCCACGAUGAUCCCUCCGAGCGGCGCCCGCGAGGACGGCGUGGACGGGCUGCCCAAGGAGGCGGCGAGCGCCGAGCAGCCGCCCUCUCCUGCAUCCACCAGCAGCCAGGAAUCCAAGCUCCAGAAACUAAAACGAUCACUUUCUUUCAAGACCAAGAGUUUACGGAGCAAGAGUGCUGACAACUUCUUCCAGCGAACCAGCAGCGACGUGAAGCUGCAGCCGGACAUGCUGGCUGAGGUCAGCCCCAGCUCCAGCCCACUCCCUGCUCCCGGAAGCCUGACGUCCACGCCCACCAGGGCUGGCCUGCACCCAGGCGGCGGCGGCAAGGCCCAUGCCUUUCAGGAACACAUCUUCAAGAAGCCCACCUUCUGUGAUGUCUGCAACCAUAUGAUCGUGGGAACAAACGCUAAGCAUGGACUGCGCUGCAAGGCCUGUAAGAUGAGCAUCCACCACAAGUGCAUGGAUGGCCUGGCAUCCCAGCGGUGCAUGGGCAAGCUGCCAAAAGGGUUUCGGCGUUACUACAGCUCCCCCUUGCUCACUCAUGAACAGUUUGGAUGCAUUAAAGAAGUUAUGCCCAUUGCCUGUGGCAAUAAGGUGGACCCUGUCUACGAGACCCUUCGCUUCGGCACCUCCCUGGCCCAGAGAACAAAGAAGGGCAGCUCCGGCAGUGGCUCCGACUCGCCUCACAGAACCUCUACUUCAGAUCUUGUGGAGGUUCCAGAAGAAGCUGACGGAGGGUAUGACCUACGGAAACGCAGCAACAGUGUGUUUACGUAUCCAGAAAAUGGCACUGACGAUUUUGGAGACCAAGCAAAGAACAUAAGCCAUCAGGGACCUCUUUGCAAAGACCCAUUACAGACGACCACCUAUGUUGCCUUGUACAAAUUUGUACCACAGGAGAAUGAAGAUUUGGAAAUGAGGCCAGGAGACAUGAUUACUCUUCUAGAAGACUCCAAUGAAGACUGGUGGAAAGGGAAAAUUCGAGACAGGAUUGGCUUCUUUCCAGCCAACUUUGUUCAGAGAGUACAACAAAAUGAGAAGAUUUUUAGAUGUGUUAGAACCUUCAUUGGGUGUAAGGAACAGGGGCAGAUAACACUGAAAGAGAAUCAGAUCUGCGUGACUUCUGAAGAAGAACAAGACGGCUUUAUCAGAGUCCUCAGUGGAAAGAAGAGAGGCCUCGUCCCCCUCGAUGUCCUAGAAAACAUCUGAUUGCUGGCCGCUCCUCCCUUUGCAGUGGGCAAGCUCUGCUGCGGUGCCUCAUCUCACACUGUGUCAACCCAGAGGAGCUGCCGCACUCACCCGGCCACCCAGGAAACAGUAGGACAAGACUCAAGGAUCUGAGACUGUGGACGAACAGCCACAAGACAGAGGGCCCAUCGCACAGCAUAUCCAGGCUGCCCGAGGUGGGGACGAAGCUGAGAGAGUCGGCUGCAGAGCGGAGUGCCGUACCUGGCAGCGGAAGCAGGGCAGUAACCACAGCUGUCCUCCACGACUCAACUCCCU